AUGGAGUGGCUAGAUUACAACGAAUCGAAAUGUCGAGAGAACUAUACCUACUUUGGAUCAGCUGAUUAUCUUCGGAAUGCCUAUCAUCUAACUGCAUUUCUAACCAUUCCAUUAUCAUUAUUCACGUUUUACACCAUCAUCAAAGUGACUCCAAAACGGAUGAGAAGCAUGAAAUUUCCACUUUUGAUUGCCCAUGCAUGGAGUACUAAUUUGGAUUUGAUGUUCACUGUAUACUCAGCUCCCUAUAUAUUCUUCCCAAGUGCUUCUGGAGUUCCACUUGGUCUCCUGGGAGCCGUGGGAGUCGGUGUCAAAUGGCAGUCUUAUUGGGGACAGGUUUCUGUGACAAUGAUGGGUGUCAAUUUCAUAAUGCUUUUCGAAAAUCGUCAGAGUCAAAUCACAACAAUCAAGUUGAAAAUAAAGAAGAAAAGAACUCGUUUGAUCUAUUUCACACUAAAUUAUCUGUUCGCUUUCAUUGUAAUGUUGCCAUUUUAUCUAGACAACACGGAUCAAGUCGAAAUGAGAAAAAUAGUUCUUGCAAGAAUUCCCUGUCCAACCAUUGAGUUCUUCGACCCGAAAACAUAUGUUUUGUUGAAAGGAGGAGAAGUGAUUCCAUUUUGGUCCAUCACCAUUGGAUUCUCGUUUAUAUCAAUUCCGUGGAUAGCAAUUGCAUUUCCAGUUGCAUAUUCAAUGUAUGCCGACAAAAUGAAUUAUUAUAAUCAAGCUUACAACAACAAUGCAAUGCUCAUUAUGGCUAAUCACGGUCUUCUCAGUACUUGUUGCACCCUCUUCAUCUAUAAACCAUACCGAGAUUUUGUCAAACAAGUGCUGACUGGACAAAAAGAAGACAGGGGACAGUCUCUUACAGUUGGAACAGUUGCAUCAAGAAUUGGAAGUAUUUCUAAUUAG